CAACUCCAAGCAACCUUUAUUCUGCCCAAAACAACGUCUGAGCUGAGCACUACCAUUAGACUUUCAACCUGCGGCUGGAUGAGCUCGACGACUCAAUCCCCGCUCUCCAGCGAGACUUGGAACUAAAUAUACCACCUUCGGACUGCUAGCGGACGCUGGCGACUCUCCCACCAUGCCGGGCAUACUUCCAAUGAAAGUCAUCAAGGUCGGGACAAAUGCGCAGACAAGAAUUGCACAGGCUUGUGACAGAUGUCGAAGCAAGAAGAUACGAUGUGAUGGAAUUCGACCCUGCUGUUCGCAGUGCGCCAAUGUUGGCUUUGAAUGCAAGACGAGUGAUAAACUGAGUAGGCGAGCUUUCCCAAGAGGAUACACAGAGUCACUGGAAGAGCGAGUGCGAGGUCUGGAGUCAGAAGUGCGAGAGUUGAAGGAACUUUUGGAUGAGAAGGAUGAGAAAAUUGACAUGUUAUCGCGCAUACAUUCACAAUCUUCUCAUCCGAUACAAUUACCGUCACCGCGACGACCGUCUACUGCUUCAGUAGAUUCGCCUCUUGGGAAGGCGGAAUCUCUACCGAAAGACGACGUUUUUCGAGUACAACAGUCGCCUUAUCUUCUUGAUGAGGAUGGAGCAGACUCUUAUUUUGCGGGUACUUCUAGCGGGCGUACAUUCAUUGAAGCGUUCAAGAAUCGAGUUCAAGAAACGGGGCGUUCCACACAGGACAUCGACACCAAUGUCAUGCUCAUGAGCAGCGUGAAGGAAAGGGCCGGAAUACUUACUCCGACGUCGCCUGUCACGUUCAAAGCUCCUUCGAGAAUGCUGUCUGACCAGCUCGUCAACAUUUUUUUCCAAGAAUGGGCACCAUUAUUUCCGGUCCUACACCGUCCGACUUUCUUGACCCUCUACGAGCGAUAUGUGGCGGAACCAGAAUCCGUCACCGAUAAAGGAGAACUUGCACAGCUUAACCUUGUCUUUGGCAUCGCUUGCGUGUCAAGCGGCACACGGUCGUCACCAGACCUCGACAGCUUCGAAUCGCAGUGGAAGGCUGCGCUGGACUCUAUCAUCACGGCUAAUACUAUGACUACUUUACAAGUGCUGGUUCUCGCACAACUGUUCUGCGUACAACAAGGUGACUAUACACGACUGCUAUCUUACAAAGGUCUUUCCACCACUCUAUGCACUCGCCUCGGCCUACAUCAGUCGCAGAAACGCUUCGCUCUGGGCACAUUGACUUGCGAAACCCGGAAGAAGGUAUUCUGGACGCUAUACACCGUCGAUAGCUUCACGGCUGUCAUCCUCGGCCUUCCCAAACAACUAAAGGACGAUGAUGUCCACUGCGAAUUCCCGGUCGACGCUGAUGACGAGUACGUAACUGAGCGCGGGUUUCAGCCCACGCUACCUGGAGAAUCGACCAAGCUAUCUAGCGCUCUGGCACUAUUUCGAGCUGCUCGAAUACUCUCCAGAGUCUUGGAGGACGUCUAUCCUGCGAAGACAUCGUACGACCUGUCAUUGAAAAAACUCGCUGAGCUCUCCGAUGAGCUGGAGACGUGGUGUGCUGGUCUUCCGCCACAUCUCCGCCUACAAUUUGCUCAAGACAAACCGAGCACCGGAACCAUUAGCAGCCGGUCACCUCUGCUUUCACUCGCUUAUCACUACAUUCGUGCUCUCAUACAUCGGCCGGCCAUUUGUGCCUCCUUAGGCUCCAGGUCGCAGUCUUCAAUGAUCGCCAUGGCCAGCUCGUGCAAGCAUAUGAUCCAGAUCGUACAACUUCUGGAAGAGAGAGCCCUCAGCUUCUCUUUCUGCUUGAACAGAGACGAGAUGCUUGUGCUCUCUGGCUUUGGUUUAUUGUUCCAGGGCAUCGGGCUUGAACCUGCUUCGAAGAUUCUGAAAGACAACAGCAAAAUGCUAACGGCUCUAAUCAACGUGUUGAAGAAGGCAGAGGCACCAAAUGCUACUUCUUUUGAACAGGUCUCGAACUCAUUCGUUCCACCACAAGCUCCUGUCAUCAAAGCGAAAACACCACCCUUAUCGCGGCACAACUCCGAAGAGGGAGAGUCCAGUCACAGCUCGCCCUCUUCGACUCGCAAGCAAUUGAAGGCUCUCGCAUCGCGAUUCAGCGCUGCAGCGAAGCCUAGGCCGGAUGCUAGCGGCGAAGGAGGUCGUCGAGCAACAGCGCAUCAGAUCAGCCUCCAUCCCCGCAAUGCACAAACGCAAUCAGAGCCGUCCUUGCAGCCUGCCAACUACAGUCCAUCCUCAAUCUCUCAUUCGGAGCCCGCACGAUCUCCAAUCAAUCAGUAUAGUCGACCAACAUCGACUGCCGCCACAAGACCCUCUGCUCCACCAGCGUUGCAACCGAAGCCCAAACCACCAUCCCCAACGACAAGGCAUACGAAUUUGGACUAUCUUUCUUUCGGAAACGAGCCAGAUGCCACCCCUCAGGUUGGCAACGUACCCACACAACCGAUAAAGAGCGAGCCUGGCCCAAGCGACUGGGAAAAACUCCUUGGAAGCCUCGACAACGGCGACACGAACAUUUACGAUGCAUGCUAUGGCGGUCCACCGGUAGAUGCCUUACUUGAUGCGCCCACUCUCGAAAUCCACAAUAACGCAUCUACGCCAGUAAUCAGCAGCGAAUCUGUCGCCUGGCAUAAUGACCUGUGGACUCUGUGUCAAAGUGACACCAAUACGAGUUCCAAUUCUGGCCUCACUCCGCAAAGCGGUGGCCACCCCGCAAGCAUUGUAUCUUUCUCGACCGACGAAGGUUUGAGCGGUUCGGAAGACUUCACGACUUCACAGGAAUGGACGAAUCCUGCGGCGGGGCGCUCGAGUAGUGAGACGUUUCGUGGAAUUGUUAUGCCGGCUGAAGACUCGCUCUUCCUAUGACGGUGAUAGCAAGCCAUUGGGAACUGCUGUCUGAACGAUUUCGAGAUUGAGUGAGGGCGACAAAGACUCGGAUACGCAAUAUCUGUCUUGGAUAUUCAGGACUUUUGGGUGGUUUAUCUGACUUUUGGCUUGUUUGCGAAACGCAAGAUACCAUGGGACGUGUAGCUUGUUAGUGUUUUUAAGAGAGCGGACCAUGAGGAUGUCUUGG